ACAUAUUUUUUUCUAAAAUAAAAAUUGUAUUGGAAUAAGUUUUUUUUUCAUUAUUUAAUAGUAUUUUUAUUUAUCUAAUUAAAACACAUAUUUAUGGUGCGGGAGUCUAUAGAAAGAGGUACAAACCUUCAAUGUUUUCAUUCCGACGAUUCGGAGUGUGAAAGUCACGUUAGCAAAAAAAUGCUACCAAAACCAGUAGAAUCAAAGAAUUUUUGUCAAAAAUGGUUUUGGGAACCUCAUUCAUUAAUUUUUGAGUAUUUUACUUCAUUUAUGCUGCGAGCAAAAUGUGAAGGUUUUCGCGGGGUAAAACCGGAUGAAUUACCAGAUUUAUGGCUAGGAGAUACAAUAUCAGUUUGGUGUGAGCGCUUUUUUAAUAAAAUGGAUAAUUUAUUAGUUCGUUCACAUAAAGGUUUAACAUUGAUAUCUUCCCCUCAAUGGAUCAUUUUAGCAGCUCUGUUGUCAGUUUUUAAAUAUCAUUUAUUAAUUAUUUUCGUUAUGCAAUUAACUGGAACCUUAAGCGCUCUUAUAUCAAGUUGUUUAAUGGCAGUAUUUUUGGAGUCACAAGAGUCCAAUCCAGAUCAAAUGAGUUCAUCAGCACGGAUGCAAGGUGUCCUGGGUGGUUUAGGUAUUUUAUUUUUAGAUCUUUUCUUCAUCUUUUUCAAUUCACAAGCAAGGUUUUGGUCCGAGCGUAUUAAACUUCGUAUACAAGGUUCUUUAACAUGUGGAAUCAUGCACAGUACACUAAAACGUUCAAUCCAUGCCAAAUCAAUGAAGGAAAACGCUGUUCCCAAUUCUUAUAAUAUGCUUAUUGUUGAUGUUGGUGCCAUUACUGAUUUAAUUUUCGCUAUGCUAGACCUUUUACUUCUACCUAUAAGUGUUACCUUCAGUUAUAUUUUUUUGGUAGAUCGUAUAGGGAAAUCAAGUUUGACUGGAAUCGGAAUAUUACUUUUUGUAAUUUUUUUAAUGCUUUUUCUUCAAAUAUUGAAUGGUUUAUUAAAACAAUCAUAUGUUGAAAAAAGGGAUUUACGUUUACGUCGAACGCAUGAAGUCGCCACGGAAGUACGAUCAAUUCGUAUGCUAGGCUGGGGUCAAUUAGCUGCUCAAUAUGUAGGAGUAUUUCGUGAAAAAGAAAUGAAGUAUCUGAAAUAUCGUAUGUAUUUAGAUACUUUGGCAGCCAUACUCGCUAAUGCAGCGUAUAAUUUCACACAGAUUGCUAUAUUUACUGUAUACAUUAUGGAUGCUUUAAAAGUAAAUCCGUUUUUCCGAUUUAAAGCUUCAGUUGUCAUACCUGUCGUUCAAGUGACCAAUAAACUGGUGGAACCCAUUUCCGUACUUCCUUUCACAAUUAAUUCGUUAAUUGAAGGUUGGGUGUCUUGUGAAAGAUAUUAUAAAAGAGUUUGCAACGGUCGCCCAGCUUUCGAAUCCUUUAAUGAACCUAGAGCCUGUAAUAUACCCAAAACAUCAAUGUAUCGUUCAACAAGUAGUGAAUUAUCUCCCUUGUUACGCAAUUCCAAUACUUUGGAAUUUUUUUCGCAACCUCAUUUAAACCAAAAAAGAAAAAAUUUACAGGAAUGUUAUUCUUUAUGUGAUAAUAAAUCCUCUUCUCUUGAAAUGUAUUUAAAAGAAUCAGAAAUAUAUAUGAUUCAAGUAAAAGGUUUUUUUUUCUGGGAAAGUUUAACGGAUCAAAAUAAGUUUCCUAACAAAUGGUUUUUACGUGAUGAAUUUUCGCAAUUGUCGAAGGAUAAAAUUGAAACCGUAACAGAUAGCCAAAUUUAUUGUCAAAUACGAAAUAAUUUAAUAAAAGAAGAAAAUCAAUUGAAAAAUCAACAGUUCCAGAAACCUUUUUUUUUUUUAACUAUUCCGGAAUUUACUGUAAAGAAACGUGAAUGUUGUUUUGUUUCAGGCAUUUCUGGAAGUGGAAAAAGUUCAUUGGUGCUAGCGCUUUUAGGCCAUAUGUUUUCAUUUACCGAAAAGUUUAGCAUCCACUCAAUUCAAAACUCAGUGAGUAACUCAAAUAGUGCUGAAAGAAAUCAAAGUAUUGGCUACACAUGUCCGUCACCUUGGAUUCCUAAAGGAACGGUUCAGUCGGUUAUACUUUUUGGACGUCCAAUGGAUAUUCAACGUUAUAAUCGUGUAAUAGAAGCAUGUGAAUUGACGCUAGAUUUAGAAUCAUGGACUCCAGAUGGUGAUCAACGUUUUGUGUGUCAAGGAGGAACAAGCUUAAGUGGUGGACAAAGAUCACGUCUUUCUCUUGCGCGUGCAUUAUAUGGUUUUGUUCAUCCAAAUUAUCGUGAUCUACCCCAGGAAUUUGUAACACAUAUAUUUUUUUUAGAUGAUCCCUUUGCGUCAUUGGAUCCCGCAAUAACCAAUCGAAUAUUUUUAAAUUUAUUUGGUGUUAAUGGUUUACUUCAAUAUGCUACUACAAUCUUAACUUUUCAUGAUCAAUUUUUUGAAUAUUCUAUUCAUUCUUUAAUCCAAAGUUCAGAUGUUUUAUCUGUUGAUCUCAAAAAGUAUACUUUACAUCACGGUUUUCUAAGAAGAGUUGCCCUCGAGCGAAGUUGUUCCAAGAUACAGAAUCAUGAUCACCACUCUUAUCAAAGUAUUUAUCAGAAUAGUGAUCACACAAGUGAUCCGAGUGGUGAUAAGAAUAGUGGUCAAAAGAGUGAUCAGAAUAACGAUUUAAAGGUACAAACAAAAACACAAUCGUUUCAACACAGUUCCCGUGUCAUCAAUACAGAAAACAGUCAUGAAAUGGUAUCUUUAAUAAAAUCUCAUGAUGAAGAGUUUAUGGUUUCUGGGUCCGUCAAAUCGCAUACAUAUACGUGGUUUUUACAGCAAGUUGGAGUACCUCUUAUUCUAUUCAUGGUUCUAUUUAUUUUCUUACAGUAUUUAUUACAAUACGCGUCAACAUUAUGGUAUCAAAUUUGGUUUUGGUUUUUUUAUGCUAUCGCAUUUUUUCUUGUAAUAUUCGAUGUUUAUUAUAGGUUGUCUUACUGGACUUACUCGAGUUCUAUAUUAGCCAAAAAUAAUGUUUCUUUAGUUUCUUCUACGACGAAUAAAACGUCACAUGAAAAUUUUUUUUUUUUUCUCAAUGUAUUUAAAAAAACUUUUACCGCAAUUCAACAGGAACAUUUACCUACGCAAGAAGAAAAUAAUAGAGGAUCGCUUAUUAUAUUUAUCAUGUUAUCUCUUGGUAACAUUACAUUUCUGGCGAUACUCUAUUUUUUUGGACUUGUGGGUUCCUUAAAAGCUUCUUUAAAAAUACAUAUAGAAUUGGUUGAAAAAAUAUUUCAAGGCCAUUACUGUAUGUAUAAAAUUUUUCCUCUAGGAGUUAUAGUGAAUAGAUGUAAUGCGGAUAUGGAUAUCGUAGAUAAUGGUCCUUUACGUACUCUAAGUGGAUUUUUUGGAACAAUUAUUAGUUUUGUAUUAGGGAUGUCCAUUCUUUUCUUCCUAAGCCCUUGGUGUAGCUUAAUUCUACCGCCUGUAGCUUAUAUUGUUUAUCAUUAUGUGUAUAAGCUUUUCCGACCUGCUAACAGAGAGCUUCAGAGAUCCAAACUCUAUGCACUAAGUCCCUUGUGUGGUCAUUUAAGCGAAUUGGAGUCUGGUAGUUUUUUCAUCAAAGCUUUCGGUGCUGAAAAGUAUUAUGAAGAUAAAAGUACUGAAUUAACGUCUAAUUUUUUAAAAACACAAUUCAUGCAAAUUGGAUUCACAUGUUGGGCAAGUACUCGACUUGCUUUAUUAUCCUUUCCAUUUACAUUUUUCAAUUCGGUUGUUCCUUUCAUUUUACGUUCUCUUAACAUUGUGGCUCCGAUACAAUUUUUUUCUGGGCUUCUUUUUGGUUAUACACAACAGGCCGAUGCGGCUACUUCCGCUGGUUUCACUGGCUUAGCUAUUUGGCUCGCCAUUCGAUUACCAACAUCCCUCGGUGCAAUCCUGUGGAGUUUCUCUGAUCUUGAGCAAAAAAUGUGCUCAUUGGAAAGAAUUGAGUCAAUGAUUACAAUGUUUGGUAGUCAGAAACAGCCGUUGAUAAUUAGACAAAACAAAUUCACUUCCAAUCCAAUCACUCCACAUUUAAAAAAUACACCAUCUCUGUUUAAAAAAUGUGUGUAUCGAUAUGAGGAUGAUAUUGAUGCACAUUUAGUGAGUCGUUCAGAGAAUAUCGUCCACAAGAUAACUGAGAUUCCUUCAAAUCAUGUUAUCAUGAAGGUAUUAAAUCUUUCCGUGUCAUACCAAGUCGAUCUCUCGUCAUCUCAUAAGUCACCUGAACAACAAACCGAAACUUGUUCCAGUUUUCAAGAACCCUGUGCUUUGCGUAUUCCGAAUGUUUCCGCGAAAUCAGGUGAUUUCAUAGGGAUAGUUGGUCGAACGGGUUCCGGAAAAACAACGUUUCUUCUUUCUCUCUUAAAUCUUCUAACAAUCAACCAUGGGGUUAUACUUCUUAACGAUAUACCUAUUUGCCACAUGAGUGAAACUUUGAUUAAUAAAAUUAUUGGGAUACUUCCACAAUUCCCUCCUUUAUUUCGAGGUUGGACUCUUCGUCAGUGUGUUGAUCCCAAGAAUCAAUUCCUUCCUUCUGAAAUUUAUCAUAUUCUAAGUCUUGUGUCAUUAAGUACAAGAGUUGCUGCUUUGGAAAACGGACUCGAUACUAUUGUCAUGUCACCCUCAUGUGAAUCGGAUACAAGUUCCGCCAUUUUUACAAACGCAGAACUGCGAACAUUAGCACUUGCAAGACUUGCUCUUCAUUCAAAAAACUAUCGUUUAGUUCUUGUGGACGAGCCACCAGCUGAAAAUUUACACUCUGAAGACCAUAUUUUGACACGGUGUUCUUCCCAAGCGGAGCAUGACACAACUUUGAAUCAUUCAAACGCAAGGAGUGUACCUUACGCGUCAAAAAAAACGGACGUUGCUGAUUUAUUAAGAAUGCUUUUCCCCACAUCGAUUAUUAUUGUCGUAGCUCAUCAAGCUGCCACAUUCAAAAAUUGUAAUCAGUUAUGGGUUUUCUCACGUGGUGAACUUAAAGGAAUCGAACCGGGAUCUUCAGUGAGGACUCAAGAAGAUUUAACGCGUUUAAUUAUGAAAUAUGAAACAUAAUAUCAUCGUUGUGUCAUCUUUUUUUU